AUGUUGCCUGUUGACUCUUCCAGCCACCUCAAACGAGGUUUGAAGAAGAGGCAAGUCAACAUGCUAGCCAUUGCAGGAGCCAUUGGAACUGGCUUGAUCAUUGGAUCAGGGCAAGGUCUGGCAAGGGGUGGACCAGCUAGUCUACUUAUCGCUUAUUCCAUUACCGGUGCCAUCAUCUACUUUGUCAUGACGGCUAUGGGAGAGAUGUCCGCAUUUCUACCUAUGGACCAGGGCUUCAGUGGAUACGCAGAUCGUUUUGUCGACCCUGCUCUUGGAUUCGCGACCGGAUGGAACUACUUCUUCAAAUAUGCAAUCGUUCUCGCCAACAAUUUGACUGCGGCUGGUCUCAUCAUCCAGUACUGGAGACCAGAUCUCAAUGUUGCCAUCUGGAUCACGGUCUUCGCAGUAGUGAUUAUCGCGAUCAACGUUCUCCAUGUUGGCUCCUUUGGCGAGUCAGAAUUUGUCCUUUCGGUGAUCAAGAUUGCUACGCUCCUCAUGGUCAUGAUGACCUGUUUGGUUAUUGCACUAGGAGGCGGACCUAGCAAGGAGAGGCUCGGGUUCCGCUAUUGGAACAAGCCAGGAGCUUUCGCAGAAUACCUACAGCCUGGACCGCUUGGAAAAUUCCUUGGAUUCUGGGCUUGCAUGGUGCAGAGUUGCUUUGCCUACACGGGAACAGAAGUUGUCGGUGCCGCCUUUGGGGAGACACCAAAUCCCAGACGCAACAUUCCUCGUGCAGUGCAACAGACUCUUUGGCGUAUAUGCGUUUUCUACAUUGUCGGUGUCUUCCUUCUGGGCAUGGUGAUCCCACAUGACAAUGAUCGUCUUGUGGGGGCCACUAAAGCUAAGACAUCAGCGGCUGCGUCGCCCUAUGUCAUUGCUAUACAGCUGGCAGGCAUCUCUGUCCUACCUGAUAUCAUCAAUGGCUGUCUUCUCGUAUUCGUGAUAUCGGCGGCUAACACUGAUAUCUACGUGGGUGCGCGAACCUUGUACUCACUAGCAAAAUCCCACCAGGCCCCUGCCAUCUUCGUCCGUACCACUGGAAAUGGAGUGCCGAUCUACGGAGUCGCUGCGACGUCCGCAUUUGCACUGUUGGCAUAUCUGAACGUUGCAAAAUCUACAUCGACUGUAUUCGGUUAUUUUGUCAGUCUUGUCACCGUGUUUGGAACGCUCAAUUGGAUCAGUAUACUCGUUUCUUACAUUCAAUUCACGAAAGGAGUGAAGGCCCAAGGCAUUUCCAUUUCGGACAUGCCGUACCGUGGCCCGCUUCAGCCAUAUGGUGCAUACUUUGCUCUCAUAACGACUGCUUUGAUCAUCUUCUUUAAUGGCUAUAAUGCGUUCAUGCCUUCGUUCCGCGUGUCCACGUUCAUGACGUGCUAUAUCGGUGUCUUUGUGUACCUCGUCAACAUAUUUGCAUGGAAGUUCUUCUACAAGACAAAGAUGGUCACUGCACAGAAUAUGGAUCUUAUUACUGAUCGAAAGAGAUUCGAGGAAGUUGAGGAGGAAGAGACACCAUCCGAGCCGUCCAGGGUGAGAAAGUUGAUUCAAAAGAUGAAGAUGGGAAAGCAUUGA